CAAAAAAGUGUGAUAGUAUUAGUUUAAGAACUGUAAGUGUGUGCAGUGAGAUACUACCUAAGAAAAAUGAUUUGACCGUUACAUUUUAAACAAAAUCGGAGUCUCAAAGGUUUUUCGUUCUUUAUUCUUACAUUUUUUUUAUUUCGUAGUUUUACAAGCUGUUAUAACAAGCUAAUUAUGGAAUUAUCAAUUAUUUUAAGAGUGUAUUUCGUGUUGGUAACUUAUCUAGUCUACACUUCAGCGACAACAUUAACUGAUGAAAAAUGUUUAGCAACUAAAUAUAGAAGUACAGAUGGACGUUGUAACAAUGUACACCAUCCAAAUUGGGGUACUAAAAACUCUCAAUUUCUUCAACUUAAAGUAGAAAUGCAAGAUACUAUUUAUUCAGAUAAAUUGCCAGAAGUUUCUGAUGUAGCAGAUACUUUAAGUAAAUUUACAAUAUCACAACGUAAACAUUUUACUGUAAUGUCUAGUUUAUGGUCAGAUUUUCUUAAACUAGAUUUAGCAAUUGAAAAUAUAACUGAAAAUGGAUAUUUAUUAAACUCGGCUACUAGUUUUUUGGACGCUUCUCCUUUAUAUAGUGAUAUUUCAUGUGAUUCACAUUUUUUCACUAUUUUCAAAACUCAAUCUGGACAUCUCAAUAUGAGUUACUGUUCUGAUUUUCAAAAUCUUAAACCUAACAAUUCGCUAACAAUUCAUAAUCUUUUAAUAUUAGAACAUAAUCGCCUUGUCAAUACUUUAAGAGAAAUUAAUCCGAAAUGGACUAAUGAAACUCUCUUUGAAGAAGCGAAACGAUUAACAAUAGCUCAACUGCAACAUAUCACGUAUAAUGAGUUUAUUCCUGACAUAAUUGGGGAUGAAAUGGUAGAUGAAUGGAAUUUAAUCCCACUUAAACGUGGAUACUAUCAAAAAUAUUCAAGUGCUAAUAGACCAGGAAUUCUACAGAGUACAGUUGCAACAGUUUUACCAUUAUUACCAACAAUAAUAUUUGGUAAAAAUAAAUUUAAAAGUUCAGAGGAAUCUAAUAAUUCUAAAAAAAAUAUUGAAAUAUUAUUGAAUUUUGGGAGGCAAUUAAAAAUCCCUACUUAUAAAACUUGGAGAAGUCUAUGCUUUUCUACUAGUUCAAAUACUAACAUAGAAAUAGACAAUAAAACAUUAUACAGAAACCUUGAUGAAAUCGAUUUGCUAUUUGGUGGUUUAUUAGAGACUCCACGAAAAGGAGCAGUAUUUGGGCCGACCUUUUCAUGUAUGAUUGCUAAACAGUUUUCCAAAAUUAAGAACAGCGAUAGAUUUUGGUAUGAAAAUGAUUUCCCUCCUUCUACAUAUAGCAUACGUCAGUUACAAGAAAUAAGACAAAGUAGUUUGGCAGGCAUGAUUUGUACUAAUUUUAAAGAAGUUACAACUAUUCAACCAAAAGCUUUUAUCGAAAAAGAUGAUUAUUUAAAUCAUCCAAUAAACUGUGACCAGUAUCCUAAAUUAGACUUGUAUCAAUGGAAGGAAGAAGUAGUGGACAAAAUGACAGCAUAUUAUAAUACAGAACGAGAUUUAGAAGAAAAUAGCAAUGCUGUGUUAGUAAAAGAAGCAUGGAAGAAAGCUGAAGAUGAUGUCAAUAGAAGAAAACAAACUGAAUUUUUAUUAUGGUCAAAAAAGGGUGGAGUAGACCCAAAAUCUCCUCUUGGAAUAGCUUCAGCAUUUAGUAAAGCUAGUAAAUCAGCUUUGAUUAUAGCAAAUAAUUCAUUAUUAUUUGAAUAUGCAUCUAAAGAGCUAUUAAAGUCUCUUGGAAAAAAGCGUCUCCGUCGUCAAAUAUUAGAUAUUAGCGAUCCUUCAUCAAGCAUAAAUUCUAUAGGGCCAGGAUUAUUUGAUGGUUUAAAGCUUACUGAACUUUAUCCUCCUCCUCUUUACCACGCUGAAGGUGAAUGUCCAAUUGAAACUGAACCCUGUAAUGCAUUAAAUCCAUAUAGAACAUUUAGUGGCUAUUGUAAUAAUUUAAAAAACCCUAAUUUUGGUAAAGCAAUGACCACUUUUCAACGAAUAUUGCCUUCUGUAUAUGAAAAUGGAGUUAAUCAUCCACGAUUAACAUCUGUAACUGGUGCACCAUUACCAUCUGCAAGAUUAGUUAGUGCUAUGUCUCAUCCAGAUAUUAGUCAUCUCCAUGGUCGAUAUACGCUAACUCUAAUGCAAUUUGCUCAAAUUUUAGAUCAUGAUAUAACAUUUACACCUGUACAUCGAGGAUUUUUUUCAUCAAUUCCCGACUGUCGAUCUUGUGAUAGCCCACUAACUGUACAUCCUGAAUGUAUGCCAAUACCAAUACCACCCGGAGAUCCAUAUUACCCUCAAGUAAAUUAUACUACUGGACAGCGCAUGUGUUUGCCUUUUAUGAGAUCCCUUCCAGGUCAACAACGAUUAGGUCCCAGAGAUCAGAUUAACCAAAAUUCAGCUUAUUUAGAUUUAUCAAGUGUUUAUGGCUCAGAUUCGUGUAUGGCUAAAGAUUUGAGAUCAUUUUAUAUCGGCAAAUUAAAUGUUACUAGACACCCAAUAUUAGGAAGAAAAGAUUUACUUCCACAAUCACCCAAACACCCAGAAUGUAAAGCUUCUUCUGGUUAUUGUUUUAUUGGUGGGGAUGGGCGAGUAAGUGAACAACCAGGAUUGACAGCGUUACAUACGAUUUUUUUGAGAGAGCAUAAUCGAAUUGCUGAAGUAUUGCAUAGAUUAAAUCCACAUUGGAGUGACGAAACAUUAUACCAAAUCGCUAAAAAAAUUUUUACUGCAGCGUAUCAGCAUAUUAUUUACAACGAAUUUAUCCCAAGGAUAUUAGGUUGGAAUGCAGUUGAUAAAUAUGAUCUAAGACUUUCACCAUCUGGCUAUUAUAAAACUUAUACGCCAGAUUGCCACCCAGGACCAUUCGCCGAGUUUGCUGUUGCUGCUUUUCGCAUUGGACAUAGUUUAUUAAGACCACAUAUUCCUAGAAUGUCACCAACUUAUGAACCUAUAGAACCAGCUAUAUUACUUAGAGAUGUUUUUUUCAAUCCAGAUAUCAUUUUUAGGGAUCAAAUGAUUGAUGAAAUAAUCAGAGGUCAAUCUAGUACACCUAUGGAGAACUUAGAUCAGUUUAUAACAGCAGAAAUAACGAAUCAUUUGUUUGAGAAUAAAAAAAUACCACAUUCAGGAGUAGAUCUUCCUGCUCUCAAUGUUCAACGAGCUCGAGACCAUGGUGUACCAUCAUACAAUGCAUUUCGAGUGAGAUGUGGUCUUCAACGAGCUAUUGCUUGGGAAGAUUUAUCGCGUGAAAUGUCUCCAGAAGUUAUAUCAAGAUUUAAAACUAUUUAUGCUCAUCCAGAUGAUAUUGAUUUAUUCCCCGGAGGGUUAAGUGAAUAUCCAGUACAAGGAGGUCUUGUAGGUCCAACUUUUGCAUGUAUUAUUGGCCUACAAUUCAGACACCUCAAACAAUGUGAUCGUUUUUGGUUUGAAAAUGAUGAUCCACUUUUAAGAUUUUCGGAAGUACAACUUGCUGAGAUUCGUAAAGCUACAUUAUCAAAAAUAUUAUGUGAAAAUAUGGACAUUGUUAGUGAUAUGCAAAAAGCUGCAUUUGAUCAAUCUAAUGACUAUUUAAAUCCAAGACUUCCGUGUCAAGUCCUACCGACAAUUGACUUGACGUUAUGGAAAGAUAAUCAACAAAGUUGUAAUAUAAAUGGUCAAACAGUUGCUGUUGGAGAAUCUCAUCUUCCAUCACCAUGUACUAGUUGUAUUUGCACACCCGAAGGGCCAAAUUGUGCUUCACUAAGAGUUACCGACUGCGGUCGUCUGAUGAACGAAGUUGGUGUGAAUAAAAUGAUGCAAGAUGAUGUGUGCGCUGCUCAAUGUGCUAGUUUUGUAGAGCAAAGUUUUAUAAAUCCCGAUCCCUUAUUGUUAUCAUCUGGAAAUCAGGUACCGCCAUUUUUAGUCCCUCCUGGGAGAGACACGCGAGUCCUAAGCGAAGUAGAUUUAUUACCUCCCCCGCAAUUCACUCGACAAAGACCAUUGAGAAGAUUAAAAAGUAAACGAAGACCAUAUAGAAAAAAUUUCCAGUUUCCUUCGGAUGCAAUAGUUAUUUAGUUAUAUAUAAAUAUUAAUAAAAUAAUCAAGGUUCAUUUGGAUUUUAUAUCAUGGAAGUGUUAUAUACUAAUUCAUUAUGAAAAUGAAAUCUUUAUUAAUGUUAUCUUAUAUUUCUAUUUCUAUUUUGAUAAAAUUUUAAUUUUAUAAUAUAGAUUUACCUAAGGAAAUACAUGACUGAUAGAGAUUUAUAAAAAAAUAUAUUUUAUAUUGCCAUAAUUUAGUAUAAUUAUGUAAAAAUUAAGAUAGUACAUAUAUUUAUGUUGAAAAUAGAUAUUAAAAAUUAAUAUUUGUUUAAAAACAAUUUUAAAAUAGUUUUUAAAUUCAAUAGGUUUAUCUUAUCCCUAAUACUGAACUUUCUAUCAACGAUCAUAGCAUGAUAAUCAUGCUAAUUAUUGUUGUAGAUUUAUAUAUAAGCGAAAGCAAUAAAAUUAUCUUGUGUAAAAUAUAAUACAUAUAUUAUUAUUUAUUAAUUUUUCAUUAUUAUACAAUUGUUUACAUAACACCACUAUUU